AUGUUCACCUUUUCUUUUUAUACCGCUCUUUUUCUUUCUUUCUUUCUUUCUUUCUUGAAGUAUACUAUAAUGUUCACCUUUUCUUUUUAUAUCCCUCUUUUUGUUUCUUUCUUUCUUUCUUUCUUUCUUGAAUAUACUAUACUGUUAACCUUUUCUUUUUAUACCUUUCUGUUUCUUUCUUUCUUAAUGUAUUCUAUAAUGUUCACCUUUUCUUUUUAUACAUAUCUUUUUCUUUCUUUCUUUCUUUCUUUCUUUCUUUCUUUCUUUCUUUCUUUCUUUCUUUCUUUCUUUCUUAAAGUAUUCUAUAGUGUUCACCUUUUCUUUUUAUACCGCUCUUUUUUUUUCUUUCUUUCUUUCUUUCUUUCUUUCUUUCUUUCUUUCUUUCUUUCUUUCUUUCUUAAUGUAUCAUAUAAUGUUCACCUUUUCUUUUUAUACCACUCUUUUUUAAUUUUUCCCCCCUCUUUAUUUGCUUCCUUCUUUCUUUCAUUCCAUGUUUUCUUUCUUUCGUUUUCUUCGCAAUCAUUUUUCCUCUUCUAUUCAUAUCUAUCUAUCUAUCUAUCUAUCUAUCUAUCUAUCUAUCUAUCUAUCUAUCAAAAAUAG